ACACAUUGAAAUUUCCGGAGUAGCUAAAGGUCGAGAUAAAACCUGCUAGCGGUGGUGUCACUGUCACACAGUAUCGCGUCUGUUUUUUUUAAAUUCACAAGUAAACUAAUUUAAUUGGUAAAAUAUGCCGAGGGGAAGCAGAAGCCGGACAUCCAGGAUGCCCCCUCCAGCCAGCCGGGCUCCACCUCCACCACCUAUGGCCAGGGCAGCACCCCCUCCUGCCCCUGUUCCAAUGCAGGCCCCUCCGUCUGCUGUGGGUGCACCAGCAGCAGCACCCAGGCAGCCCGGUAUGUUUGCCCAAAUGGCGACCACAGCCGCCGGUGUGGCAGUGGGCUCUGCAGUGGGGCACACCAUCGGCCACGCCAUGACCGGAGGCUUCAGUGGAGGACACUCAGAGCCUGCCAGGCCUGACGUCACGUACCAGGAGCCGUACCAGGGCCAGCCCAUGUACCAGCAGCAGCCUCAGUCCAUGUACCAGCAGGAGGCCCCUCAGCAGCAGGCCUGCUCCUACGAGCUCAAACAGUUCAUCGAAUGUGCUCAAAACCAGAGCGACCUGAAACUCUGCGAGGGCUUCAGCGAGGUUUUAAAGCAGUGCAAGUUCGCUAACGGUCUGUCGUGAGAUGGAGACAAACAGCCUGCAGAGUGAAGAACACACACCUUAUUAAUAAUAAACCAGAUACUAUAGGAGGAUGUAAUUUACUGGAGAUCAAUCAAUAAACAUGCUUUAUUUUGACAGCUGAUUAUCAUUAUUCCUCAGGAGGCUGCUUGCUGCCGCCGAGCUUGUAAUCAUAGUCUUAUAAAUAAUGUUUGUAUAUUUUAGUGUGUUAUGUUUUGAGUUGAUUUCAGUUUAGUCAUGUUUGUGCUUUUAUUGUAGAAUACCUCUCAUUUGUAUUUCCAGGAUAAGAAAACUUGCAAACCACCAGUCUCCAUUUUCAAUUUACUUGUUAGAAGUUGAGGAUUUAAAACAAUAAAGCACUUGGAUCAUUGA